AGGGCUGAGCACGGCCAGCGGCCAGCAUUCAGGCAGUGGCGCUCCGAGGAGGCACAGCCGGCCCGCGUGGUGAGCCCAACCGGCCCCGAGGCGCCUGCCCUGCUCUCCCGUCGCCUCCGAUCCCCGGAUCUCCCUGACACUGGAGUGGAGAACGGCCCGGCGGCGCCGCUUGCAUCCUGUCGCGAAACGCCGCGGCCCGGCAGAGCGCUGUGUUCCCGGACCCCUGCCCCUCGACACGGGCUAGGAGCGGCCGAGCGAGGAUCCGGCAAGGCGGUCCCGGCACCAUGGAGGUUGCGUGGCCCCUUGCGGUGCUGCUGCUGGCGGCUUCGAGCGCCGUGGUGAUGGGAGCAGGCCCAGUGACUUCGGACUGCAUCCUCGAGCCUGUCGGGAAGGAUCAGAGUGUCAAAGUGUUGUACACAACCAGCAGGGUGGCAAGCGGCUGCAUUAGCCGCGGCCCCGCAGAAGCCGGCCAGGAAGUCCAUGUUCUCUUCGUAAACUUCAGCAACCAAGUCAAGGUACCCAGGGUCCAGUUCAGUGUGAAUAUGACAGAACUUAAAGGAAACCGGGAAACCAUCUUCGUGGUGAAUUCUAACACUCCCUUUUAUGAAGUCAGUAUGGACUGCCAACAGAAGCUUUGCCAACUCACCAUCAUUUCUACCCGUACCUUGAACUUGCUUGCCGGGCCCAACAUAAAAAGGAACACAACCAACCUGCCUUUGUCCGGGAGGGAGCUUCUCAGCUGGGCCAAAGCAACGUUCGGGAGGGUCUCUUCCUUCGCCGAGUUGGAAAACCCCCAGUGGAUCCACUUCCAAGUGGGCAGAGAGACCAGCACGGCUGAGAAUUGUAUCCCUGAGAAAAAUUUCAAUGCUGAGCAGUACCUGGAGGCCGAGAUCCUCUCCCACAACACGGAGAGCUUCCUGCGGUCCGACAGGCGUUCCCAGAAAGAGGCCCAUAUUGUGUGGCUUCAGGACAACAGCACGCUGACGGUGGACCUAAACUUCAAGGCGCCGUGCAGUACUGGAGGAUCAGCACAGCAAUUACUGAUCAUUAAAAGUCACGACGGUCUGGUUUGGAACUUGAAGGAGAUGCCUGCAUUUGGGAAUUUAAUGAUAUCUGGCAAAUACAAAAUGAAGAUCUUUCCCAACAAUUUGAUUAACGGUUCUGUAAUGCCGGACACCAAGGAGGAGCUGAUCCAAGUAGCUUGCAACAACUCCGCCUUCAUUGCUUCUUACACGGAAAUCCCGUCCGCCAAAAGCAUCACUCUUGAGUCCGUCAGGACCUGUGGAGAACCGAGGAUCACGACGACGGCCGAGACGCAAUCCAAGCAGAAGGGCAUGACAAGCAUCAUCCAGACCCUGAUAAACAAUCGCAAAUCCUGGCAGUGCUUCCCAAGCGGCAUCACGGUGGCCUUGCUCAAGAAUGACCAGCACGUGCCAGAUAUCAUCACAGAAGUCACGCUGCAAGACCCCAGCUGCAAGGCAACGGAGAACAAGACGCAUCUAGUCCUGCAAAGCCAAUUGGAAGGUUGCUUGACUCAGCUGGAAGGGGACACCUUUGCGCACAACGAGCUGGUCGUUACUCUCUCUAUGCAACAGGAGAAAGUUAAGGUGCCCUUCAAAUGUGCCAUCCAGGAGAAGGUCUCUCUCCAGCUUUAUCGCACGCCGGACUUCAGGGUGCCUUCCACCACGGUCGAGGUCAACAAGGCGACCUACGUUCAGGUCUCCGUCUGGACAAUGGAUCAGAAAGCUCUUCUGGCAAUAGACCAGUGUUUCCUCAAUACCCCCGAGAAAGAUUCCUUACCGCUGCAGACCCAAAGCCUUCUGCCACGUUAUUCCGCAGGCCCCGUGAACGUUGCCAGCCCAAAGAUCUAUCGCUCCAGUUUCACCUACAAGGCCAAAGAGCCGCAAGCAUCUCUGCUCAGUACGCUCACCUGCAAGGUCACUCUGGGCAACUCGUCUCAUCACCGAACUUACAACAGCUCCUUGGAGGUUUUGCUCAAGUAUGAAAAUGCUUCUUCGCCUAAUCAAGGCCUGAGCAUCGGCACUGUCCUGGGGAUAACAUUUGGCGCCUUUUUGAUCGGUGUUCUGCUCACCGCCACUCUAUGGUACAUCUACUCCCACACCCGUCCGAUGGCCAAAAUGCAGCCCGUGUCGGCCAACCCGCCUGCCUCGGAGAGCAGCAGCACCAACCACAGCAUCGGAAGCACCCAGAGCACGCCAUGUUCCACCAGCAGCAUGGCAUAGCGAGCCCGGUGGGGGACGCCGCCGUGCGGACGCUGUCCGAGCUGCAGACGGUCUGAGCCCCCCAGCCGGGCACGGGAACGUCCCGAAAGCAAGAGGCUAAACAGCAGCAGCGGCGGGGCCUCCUGGGAGCCCUGGUUCUCGGAGGCAUGGCUGUUCCCAGCCAGCACUUUAAAGACGACCCCCUGGACGAGGCCACAAUCCCCAGAACCCCGUCCGCGACUCGAGCAUCCGUUCAUCCCGCUUGCUCCUCCUGCACGACGAGGGAGCCCGGUGCGGUCCCGUGGGGGAAAAGAGCCCUUGUCUAGCCGGGACUGGGAAGCGUGAUCUGCAACGAGCAGGCAGAGAAUCCAAACACAGCACACCUUUCCGGCUUUUAGAGUCAGUCUCUUGUUGAGACCUCUCUGGGGGGCGGAGAGCUGUGGGCACCAUCGGCCUGGGUUUGGGGGCCGCCCCUUCCAACAGCACCCGUGAGUCAAGGGCAAGUUGCUUCCGGAGAGAGGGCCAGCUUUGGAGCAGGGCCAGGAGGAGGCCACCUCGGCUGGUCUUCCAUGGCUUGUGCCACCGUCCUCAGCCUGGCGCCUCCCAUUGUGGGGCACUUCUGGCCAUGGCGGCCGAGAAUCAUGGGGAUGCCAGUCCAACACAGCUGGGGGCACCUGGUUGCAGGACCUUGGUCUGCACCACAAUUAUGGGAAGCCUGAAGCAUCCACUCUGUCCUACAGGAAUCGGGUUCAUUUCCCUCCUUGCUGCCUCCAAUUUUGCAGCAUCACCACCAGAAAGUGUAGAAAUGUCCGGGGGGGGGGGGGGGUCAGGCCACAUGGCAGGGCUGGUGUCAUUGUUCCAGCGCCAAGGACGUGACGUUUCCACCAGUCCCGUCCCAACCGUGCCUUUGUCCUGGUGGGGAACUGGACCAUCAAGGUCGGUCUGGGGUUGAAUUUGCCCCCGUGUCUUGGAGCACAGCAGUUCCCUUCGCCCGGCAGCAGGCAGCAAACCCCAACCCGGACCUGUCCAUUCAAGAACAAGGUGGCUAAAAGAGCACAGCAUCUUAGAUCCUAAAGGCAUGGGAGACCCGAGAGGGAGGGGGCAGCAAGGGGGACCCGGACGUGGGUGGCAUCUUCCUCCUCGGAACGGCUCUGCCCUCAGGUCCCGACCAGUCCGUGCUGUGCUAGAAGGGCUCUUUGCUCUGGAGUCCUGUUGCGAUUUGGGCUGGUGGCAGAGCAUCCCGGGGCUUUGCUCCUCCGGCGCCAGCAGCUGGUUCGGGUCUCCGCAAGCAGCAGCGUCUGUGCCAUGCCACACGCAAGAAUCCCUUGGAAAGGAUGCACCCAGCUGAGCUCCCCUGCUCCCGGGCACUGGAUGAGCGGAGGACGCCCAGUGCGCAAACACAGGCAGCCGGGGGGACCUGGGAGUCUCCCCGGCCCUCGCAGGGCCCGACCGUGUCUUCCUGGACUGCGGUGCAGAGGGAGAUGGCUGAGACACUCUCCGCCGGAGGUUGCUCUGGCUUGUCUCGGGCUAGAUAAGGCCAGCCGAAGACAGGCGGUCUGGCUUCGCUCCUGGGUCGAGGGGAGCUGCGAAAGACAGGGCAGGAAUUUUCCCUCGUCCUAGGAGAUUGCCCUUCUGCUUGGGUUGCCAAACAAGCACAUCUGUGCUCAGUCACUGUAUUCCCAACACACACCCCCACCCAGAGCUGUGAUUGCUGCACUAGACUGCACCUCCAAAGCACAUCUCAUGUCUCCCAGAUGCUGCACUCCUCUACCACCUCUGCAGCCAGCCAGCCAUGUCACCUGAAACAUGUCGGGGGGGGGGGGGAGUAGAGUGUGUUCAACAAUUGUGGGUCCUGGCAAGUCCCGAAGAAAGAAAGACCCCCAAAUAAUCAAGAAGGGCAUAUCAAGAUUAUCUCCCCAAAUGCAGCCGCUCUCCUUGAAGCACAAGCUGCUGCUGAUCUUCUUUAGCUUGACAAAACGGGGCACGAAAAGCGAGCCACUUCCCCCAAACACCUGGAAAAGAUGGGCGCGAACAGCUUUCGACGCUGCCGGUGACGGAGGCUGCCAAAACGGGGAGGAAGGCCGUUCCACGCGCUGCCCGACCAAGGGCAGGGAGCUGGGGCCGAUUCUGUUUGAAGUAUUAUUACUGUAUGUAUAUAGCUAUACAUAGAAUAUAUUUUGUAUCUGGGCAUACAGGGAAUUAACACGGCAUCAAUCUGC